AUGGAACAAAGUACAAGAAGACUAAAUGACAUGGAAAAUCAGAUUUCCCUUCCAGAUGAAAGUAGCGAUGAAAAUGAUUUUGAGCAUUCUAAUAGAGACGAAGAAAUUGAAAGCAGCGAUGAAAAUGAUUUUGAGCAUUCUGAUAGAGACGAAGAAAUUGAAAGCAGCGAUGAAAAUGAUUUUGAGCAUUCUGAUAGAGACGAAGAAAUUGAAAGCAGCGAUGAAAAUGAUUUUGAGCAUUCUGAUAGAGACGAAGAAAUUGAAAGCAGCGAUGAAAAUGAUUUUGAGCAUUCUAAUAGAGACGAAGAAAUUGAAAGCAGCGAUGAAAAUGAUUUUGAGCAUUCUAAUAGAGACGAAGAAAUUGAAAGCAGCGAUGAAAAUGAUUUUGAGCAUUCUGAUAGAGACGAAGAAAUUGAAAGCAGCGAUGAAAGUGAUUUUCAGCAUUCUGAUAGCGACGAAGAAAUUGAAAUCAGCGAUGAAAGUGAUUUUGAUAACGACGAAGAAAUUGAAAGCAGCGAUGAAAGUGAUUUUAAUAAUGACGAAGAAAUUGAAAGCAGCGAUGAAAGUGAUUCUGAUAGCGACGAAGAAGAGGAAGAUUUGCCUGAAGAUGAAACUGCAGCGGAAUAUUCCAAUGAAAUAGAUUGGACAGAUGAAGUUAAAAACGAUUUGUUAGCUCCCAAUGAAGAAUUUGUCUUUGAUGCUGGCCCUGUUCAUGAUUUGCCAAUCGGUUCAACACCUCUACAGUUUUUUAAGUUGUUCUUUACAACUGACUUGUGUGAAGUGAUUAAAUUGAAUAUAAACAAAUAUGCAGAAAUUGAGCAGAAACGGAAAAAAACAAUAGAUGCGCAAUGGAAACCCAUUAAUGACAUUCAGGAAUUGUGGAAAUUUUUUGUCAUUAUAAUAUUAAGUGGUAUUAAUCGAGUUCCGAGCUUAAAUGACUACUGGGCCAACAAUUGGAUCACUGGAAAUCAAGCUGUGAAAAAACUAAUGAGUAGAAAAAGAUUUCAGAAAAUUCUUCACUACUUCUGCGUAGUGGAUGGCCUUAAUAAUGAAUCCAAAGAUGAUGGAAAUUUUAAUUUUACGCAAACAGUAAAACCGAUAAUGGAAGACAUCAGAGAUCGCUAUCUUAAACAUUUCAAACCGCCCAAAGAACUUUCCAUUAGUGAAGCUUUAAUCAAAAAUGAAGAUUGUUUGAAGAUACUCCAAUUUAAAUCUUUGAAACCGCUAAAAACCGGUUUAAAAAUUUGGACUCUCAGUUCUCCUAAAGGAUAUGUAUUCAAUUUCGAUAUUUGUACUGAAAAAAACGCCAAAAUCAAAAGAUCCAAAAGCAGGCUGAUACAUAAUGUUGCCAAUCAUCUUUUAGUGCCUAUUAAAACAAAUGGCCACCACAUCUAUUUGGAUCGAUUUUUUUCCAGCGUGCCUUUGAUGAUGGAUAUUUUUAAAAAAGGUCACCGCGCUUGUGGCUGUAUCCGAAUCUACAGAAAACAGUUACCUGAAGAACUGAAAACCCUAAAAUUAAAAGAACCUGGUGACUACCAGCACUUCCAAUGCAUUCAGUACCCAGAUAUGUUAUGCUGUGUGUGUGGUUACAGAAAUAAAUAUUGUAUUAUAUCUACUAAUUCCAAAAUGGAAUUAGUUGAUGUGAAAAUGAGAGAAGGUUCUAAAAUAACUACUGAACAAUGUCCAUCUGCAAUUAUCAAAUACGAUACAUACAUGAAAAAGGUCAAACUCGUACUCCCAAACCAAGAUUAUUACAAUCGUGUCAGCAAAUUAAGUAAAUGGUGGAGAUAUUUGUUUUGGUUCUUGUUGGAUUCCUGUUUAAAGAAUGCAUAUAUUGUAUAUACUUCGACAAAUACGCCUCGAAAUCAAAGCUCAAAUGGAUUCACGGAUUUUAAAUUAGACGUAAUAGAAGAAAUCUUAGAAAGCAUAACAGUGGAUUCUUCACGCAAAAAAAGCACUCCUUCAUGCUGUGCAACCUCUGUACUUUCCUCCGAACCAGACCAGAGUCCUUCCACUUCGUCGACCCUCUCUCACCAGAGAGUAAAAAUCAAGGGCAAGAAACAAGCUUGUGGAAGGUGCCGCCGAUUGAAACUCAAAACAGCAGCGAAUUAUUGCGUUCAAAGUUCUUGCAUGUGCAACAAGUGUCAGAUAUAUCUCUGUGUGUCCUGUUUUGAUGCAUAUCACAGUGAAAACGUUUGAAACGCAGUUUUCUUCGAAGAUCAAAAAUCAUCUGCCUGAUGAUUUCCUCAUAUAAAUAGAUUGCCGGUCUUCUACUCUUUACAAAUAUUGAUGAAAUAAGUCCUAAUUCUUCAAGUAACAAUU